GCACAAUUCAUUCAUGUAUCGAAGGUUUUUGAAGGAUUUUGUUUCUUUCGCCUUUUCGGCUUCCCAACUGUCCCACGCAGCCCGAGACGCCACCCAGGAAGACCCAAUACUAUCCAGGAAGAGCCCAAGAUGCUCCUCCGUAGCCUGCUGGACGCCGCCAGCAGCCCGUCUCUUGACAGGGGCGCGCGCUUCGGAGUGGAGAGCGGGUCUGCAGGAAUGCACACGGAGCUCUUGUUGGCAGCAAGCAGCCGCCGGCCACCAGUGGAUGGCAUUGGAUGUUGCGUCGCCUGGCACUCCUUUUGGUAUCGGUCUUGGGCAACGACUUUGACAGAAGAGUAUAUGUCUUCACCUAUCAGCCGGCGUAGGCUGUGGAAGUACUACGGCAUCGGUGUGACGUGGUGUCUGAUCGGGGACAUCGUCUUCGCUCUGACCAGCUCAGUCUCAGAUUAUUGGUUCUGGUGUGAUUUUGCUGCUUAUUAUGUGAGCGAAUAUGCUCUGGCAAUUUUGUUCGUGCGCCUUCCCGUGACGACGUUGAAGUCAGAUGCGUUAGUUGUCAUUUAUUUGUUUCUUGUGUUUUGGGCGAGUGUGGCACUUUGGCAACAAAGCAAUGAUGCAAAGUCUGUUGUUGUAAGUUACUCGUGGCCCUCAGCCUUGACGUGCAAAGUAGUUAUGUGCCAUGCUGCCGGCUUGCAUUCUCUGUUGAUCACAUUUUACGCUGCUUGCUCCGGAUUGCUUGUUUGUGUCCUGAUCUCUGUGAGCUGUGCGCCUCAGAUUUGCUGCCCAGUACUUCUGAUCACAGUCGUGAUGACUCUGUUCGAGUGGCUCUUGGCAUCGUAUUUCCACGAGAUGUCGGAGCAGCUACGCGCCAUGCAGACUCUGCUCGACAAAGCGACUGAUGGCUACUGCACGGUGAGGAGGCAGAUGGGAACCAUCUCACACGUCAGCGAUAGUCUCCAGCUACUCCUUGGCGGAGAUCCGCGGGGUACGCAGAUACUGGACGCCGUCGUCUCGGAAGACCGCUGGAAGGUUGCGCGCCUGUACGAUGUCAGCCAGUGGGACGUGGCAGAGCCGGUGCUGGCCACCUUCACCCAAACUCUUGGCGAGGGGCGGCAGCCGCUGGAAUUCGACGCGCGCCUGGUGCCCUAUCGGGCCACUGGGGCGGACAUACACAUCAGCUUCCAGAGAGUCGGCGAGGUAAGGAUGGCCAAGAGGGGCCUCGCCGAGGAUGUCGCGGGGGGCGCGGGCCCCAGUGGGCCUGGCCCCUCUGGUGCUGGGCUGGUCGGCUGCGGGCUUUCGAGCAUGGAGAGCCGAGACGUAGAUCGCCUGCUCUUUCCCUCGCCAGCCUCUUUCCAAGAACAUGCGCGUGCACAGCAGGCGGCGCUGGACGAGGGCGGGCGCGCGCCGAUGCAGAACGACGCGGCCGGCAGUGGCGGAUGCCAGAGUUCGGCAGAGACGGUGGAUGAGUUGCACAUUUCGUUCGAUGCUGGUCACCCGAGUUUGCUCAUCCGUGAAGGUGACUGCAGCCGUCACUUGUUGCCUCGUCAGGGGCAGCUGGUACGUUGGUUCCCACGUUUUGCGCGAGACCGGAUCGAGAAGUGGAUCAUUGACGCAGUGAACAGCAGUGUCGAGCCUGGGAUUUGUUCAACGUAUCUUGAGCAUGUUGAACUUGUCAUCCCCCCAACACCAGCGAUCAAAGUCGUAGCAAAGCGAGCUUUCAUCAUAACCGAGGAUCCUGAGGAGGACGACAAUGGUGCCAUUUUGUUACCAGCCUCGCUGUGCUUGAAGGAUGCGGUGAUGUCGCGGAGGCAUUGUUACACAACCCGUGCCCGAGCUCAUUACAGUCAGGAUCUAUCCACAAUCGUUGAGGAUCGGCAUCCCGAAUGCGAUGCCUCAUCGAUGAACAGCAGUGAGGGUAUAGACCCAUCUGACAGCGCGUCGGUUGUCAUGGCGAACCUCCGUUAG